AUGGAUGCCUUCAUAUCGAGGAAACGUCCACGGCUCUCGGAUCCGAGUGAAGAGCCUAAGGAUGAGUCAUCUGAUCCCCACGAAGACAGCACUGAUACCAAGCUAGCAAUACUGCUAUCUCUCUUCCCGGCCAUCAAACAGGAUGAGCUAUUGGAUAUACUCGUGUCCUGUGAAGGGUCCGUGGAGGAUGUGUCCAAACUUCUUUCUACAGAAGAUUUUACAGCAGGCACAUCUGUGAACAAAAAACGAACUACUGUUACCUCAUCAUUCGGCGUGCAGACAUCUCUCUCAUCACAUGUUCUUACAACAGCCGAAGAUGGAAGCAUGAAGCCCAUGCAUGAAAAUACAAGGAAGAGAAACCUUCUGACUCCAAAGAAGGGGAAAACGCUACACCUUUACUCGCCUGAGGACAUUGCCACAUACACACCUUGCACUAUCAUCCACAACUUUCUACCAGCUAAAGAAGCAGAUACGCUUCUGCUCGAAUUACUUGAUGAAUCGAAGUACUUUUCUCGGUACGACUUUCAACUCUUCAACCGGACUGUCCAAAGCCCCCACACACAUGCCGUGUAUGUCUCUACACCCGAAGAACACCGACAACAGACCUUAGAAUACACUUACGGUGGCACAUAUCGGUCAAAUGUGCGCCAGGCAACACCGAAACUACGGUCUGUGUCAUCUAAAGUACAGAAAAUUGUCAAUAACGAGAUCAACAAACGAAUUCGAGACGUCUACCCCGACGGAAAGAAGUUACGGUACCAGUCCCCAAAGAGUGGCGGCCCAAUGCAGCAUUUGUCAACUGCUACGACGGGCCAAGUGAAAGUGUGGGAUAUCACUCCGACGAACUCACCUUUCUCGGACCCCACCCGGUGA